GCUUUAUGCUAGCGCCACACUGGCGCUGUCUUCACGAGAUUGAACAUUGCACGCCAAGCUGUUGUUCUUGCGCUGAAAACAGCAGAAAACCCACAAAUAUCAGACGUUUAUCGGGCUGUGAACACAGCCGAUUGUUGUCCGGCAUCAUGUCGAGCAUUCAGCUGCUCAGAGUCCUUGUCAAUGAGCGUCUGUCUGCGGCCGCAGAGGAGAUCUUCGAGGCAGUGAAGAAGACCAUCGCGGGCUAUGAAGAGGAGAUCCUGCUGUCCAAACGGGAGAUCCGCCGGCAGCGCAGGAUGCUGCAGACAGUUUCCAAAACUGAUACUAAGUUAAACAAACACUCAGGUUUGUCUUGAACAUGUGUAUACUUCUUUAAUAUGUUAACCCAUGAGCCCGGCUCUGACUAUGCUCUGAACCGCUAUUAACAAGAGCUUCAACAACGCCCACUUUUCCUGCUGAAAUUAGCCUGGAGAUGUUAAAACAAUGCUGUUAAUUCAGCUCAAUUGAUGUAAAUUGGCAGUUUUUCUGAAAUUUAGUCCCCUGCUUUUCCUCUUCUAAACAAAUUGAUAGCUAAUACUGAUAAAUGCUACGUCAGGUUUGUUAUCAGGUUAAUUUGCCUCUUAUUACUCAGGUUCUUCCGGGGUAACAUGAUGCCUGUCUAAUGUUAACAAUUACAGGAAGCCAAACUCCAUUAUAAAAAAUUGAAAAUGCAACAGUUACAAACUUAUUUCUCAUUGUGUGUGACUAGUUUGCUCUGAUAAAGGAUUUUAUGUUUGUAACAAUGGUAUCCCUAAAAUUCGGCAUAUAAGGCGUUUUUUGAAAAGCUUUAAAAAAAAACAGUUGAUUAAACUUUAAUUGUGUCCGAUAUAAGAAAAGAUCUUGAAACUACAAAUGCCUUUUACAGGACCCCGAUGUUUGAUCAUUCACUAGGUUGAGGAUAGUCUUACACAGGUGAAGUUUUUUUUUAAAAAAAAGCUAUUGCAGUCACCAUAGUAAGGAGGAAUUAUUAUAAAUGAAUUAAAUCAGUGAAAUUAAUUGCAAUUAAAACUGGAAAAUGUACUGAAUGUUGUCCUCAGAGAGUAGAGAUUUUCGUGAAAACACCAUCUGACUAAUAAGGUGGUGCAGAAAUUGCAGAAGUAAUACACAUGACUUUUAUAUCAUCCAGUCAGACAGACAUGCUUUAGAAAACUAAAAAUUUAGAUCAAUAGUUUAACUUUUAUUAUGUUAUUCAAGGAAUAAUAUGGUAUGGUAUGGUCGUUAUUGUCAUUGCAACUUGUGCGCAACGAAAUUGCAUUUACAGAUUGGUAAAGUACACACAAGAGGGAGGGAGAGGAGGAGGUAAAAAAAGAGACUGCUUUCAUUAAUAUGAGUGCAGUGACAAAAAAACCCUCAGCAACAUGAGCACAUCACUGACAUCACAUACACAGAGAUUCGGAGGCACGCAAUUGCUGUGGGGGGGGGGUAGUGGAAUGGGUCAUCAUCAGUGAUGGUGGGAAGCCCACAGCCGCUGCCCACGGGCGGCGCCAGUCAGGGUACCACCCACCGCACUGAGGGGUGAAGCAUCGAAGGUGUUGGGUGGGGGAGAGGUGAGUGUGUGCGUAUGUGCAUGUGUGUGAAGGCUCAUGGAUGCGUGUGUGUGUAGGCCCAGGAGAUCAUAGGCCCAGGAGGUCACUCCGUCCAUCGCCACAAUCUUGGUGCCGCAGGGUGUCAGCGCGAUAGCACAGCUGUUGCUGUGGUGAUGACCUUGAUUGAGUUCCAGACGAAGUCAACAAUCCGCAGGUGUCCGUGAAGGAAGGUGUUGGGGAGGAAAGUUCAGAGCAUCGAAUUGCUGAGAUCUCCUGGAGGAGUUAUGCCAGCAUUGACCUUGGCCAAGGCCGAUACCGAGAGAGCCGAAUAGUAGAUUAGAAUAGUUGGGUUAGAGCGAGUAUCCACAUUCCAAUAGACUUCAGAUACUCUGAUUGUUCAUCCAUCCAUUGUCCAUUAAGAGUUUUGAAGUUUUAAAGAGGUUUUUAAAAGUUGAUGUUUCGUUUUGUUUCUCAGAUCAACCUCAGCUUGCUCUUUCUGUCUGGGACGAGGAGUGGAGCCCCAGUCUGGACCAUGACGAUGACGAGGAGCCCCCACAUGUUGAAAAAAGCCAGGAGGACCCCCCCAACAGCCAGGAGUUGGAGCCACUCCAGGAGCUGCAGGAGGAUACCACCAUCAGGUUCAUCUUCACACCUCCGUACGUGAAAAACGAGGUUAGCCCGCUUCAUUCUGAAUAUCAGAGUAUCAAAUUAGAGGGAGAUCCUCUGCCUGGUACUUCAGCUGAGCAGGAUGGGGAGCAGGCUGAGGUGGAGGAUGCUGCGUCCCACAGCUCAUCUCCUACAGACAAUAGUGACAAUGAGUGGAGGGGAAGUGCGAUUUCACAGAGUGAUAGCGAGAGUGAAGGCCCCCCGAAAAGAAAGAUGCCUCGUCUACCAAUGGCCCCAAAACUGUACCCCACUAAAAAAAUAAAAUCAAGAAUCUGCUGCAAAGUCUGCGGGAAAGGCUUUCACGCUGUUGUCUCUCUGGUUAAUCACCUGGAGAGUCACCCGAAGGACGUCUGCGGUGUGUGCGGGGAGCAUUUUGAAACUGAAGAGACAUUUCAAGUCCACCUUAAAACACACGUGAAAGCUGAAGUCUGUAGAGUUUGUGGAAAAUGCUUCGGGGCCUCCAGCUCCCUGGAGACUCACAUGAGGAUCCACACAGGAGAGAAACCAUUUAACUGCAGUGAGUGUGGGAAAUCCUUCAACUGCCGCCACAACAUGAUGCGACACAUCCGGAUUCACACAGGAGAGAGGCCGUAUCCUUGCACGGUCUGUGGUAAAUGUUUUAAUGACUACUCCACCUUGAAGCGCCACCUAAUGAUUCACGUGCACAAGAAGGUCCAUGAUGCUUCGCCUGUUAACGAAGAUGAAAACGGUGAUGACGGUGAGGAGAAAGUACAAACAGCAUCACCAAAGAAGCAGCAGUCUCGAACCAUAUGUGAAGUUUGUGGGAAAAUGUUCCACUCUAUGGUCUCUCUGGUCAAUCAUGCCAAAAGUCACUCCACAGACCUGUGUGGCGUUUGUGGGCUGCGUUUUGACUCUGAGGAAAACUUAAAAAACCACCUGAAAACGCACAGAAAUGGGAAAGUCUGCGAGGUGUGUGGGAAGUGUUUCGACAGUCAGGGGAACCUGGAGAUGCACAUGAGGGUGCACACGGGGGAGAAGCCUUUUCUCUGCAGUGAGUGCGGAAAAUCCUUCAACUGCAGACACAACAUGAUGCGGCACAUCAGGACACACACAGGCGAGAAGCCAUACCUGUGCAACGUCUGUGGGCGGUGCUUUAGUGACCACUCCACGCUGAAGCAGCACACCAGCACGCACACUGGAGAGAAACCACACCGCUGUGAGAUAUGUGGGAAAGGCUUCCACCGAAAGACUUACGUGAGGCUCCACAUGAAGAGUCACUCCACAGAGAAGUAACUGCUGGGAACAUGGCAGGCUGUGAUAAAAACUUAAAGCUGCUGUGAGGAGUUUGGCGCCCCCUGUGGGCAGAGAUGUACACCUUAUCACUUUGCUGACUUUAUCCAGUACAUGUGAAGAUAAGAAUUUCUGACAAAAAUCUCAUCUAGCCUUUUUUUAACAGCCAAAGCGUGUCUCCGUGAAGGUUGACAAUAUUAAGAUAUGCUCUUGCGUUUGAAUGCUGUCAUUCUGAUCUGACACCGACGCACUCACUCGCACUCUGUCCUGCACCAAGUAAAAAUCAUUUUGGCAUGCAGCACAGGUGUCAUUGUUAUUUUCAACCUGAUUCACCCGCCAGCACCCACACUACUGAAAUAGCAGGGGGAACUUGAGCCCAUGUUGGCGCCCUGGGGUGUGGUGGACAGGUAGAAAGGCGAUGCGUCGCUAUCGUAAAAAAGAAGUGUCUUCACCUUACACCCUCUAAACCCGGGUCUGAAGUCUGAAAUCUGUGGCUGUCAGAAAAAUUAAACUGCAUCUGACUUGCAGCCAGCUGAGAAGAACGACAGAGAUAGUGGACUUCUUUUUCUUGGAUGUCUUUUACUUGCAAGCAAAGGCAGCUUCCUCUGACCGAGGAAUUCAGAUUUUUACACAUCCUUUGUGCAGUUAAGAAACAGAAACCCCCGCCCAAUAACAUCAUCUCACAAGUGGCAUGACAUUACAACAGUAUCCGAAUAGGGCACAGGUUGCAGCUGUGGUCUGUACUGGGAGAACAAAGACAGCUUAGUUCAUCAUCAAGUUCCUGCUUAUCAGUUCAAUGUCACUCUGUUGGGAAAACAACCUGUGAGUGAAAUUGUAGCAUUCAUCUAGUUUCAUGGCUUCAGCGGAAAAGUAUCAGUCUCAACUCCAAGGCCAUACUUCUCCUUUCCCAUGCUCAUUAAAAAGAAACAGAUAUGACUCUGCAAGCAUUCACACCAAGUGAGUUUCAGUAAAUGAUGAUCAACAUAUUUAUAUAAUGAUAAAAUACACAUGUGGUAGCAUACACAUACAAUUUUUCUCUCAGUGGCGCUGUACAUUCCUGACAUUGAGCUUUAGUGAGAGAGUAAAAAGGUCAUCAGAGUUCACAAUUAGAGAUGGGAUUUAUGCUGCGUUCCAGUUGUACUCAGAAAGUGAAAGCUCUGGUAAUGUAUUAUUUAUUAGGACUUCUGUUUUGUUUUUAUGAAAUUAAAUAAGUGGUAUCUGUUGUACUCCCCAACGUCUAACUAUGAACACGGUGCUCUGAUGUUUGUAGAGAAAACUAACAACAGCUGACAACCGCUUACGACAGCUGACGAUUGUAAACAACAGCUAACAACAGGUAACUGUAGGCGUCCAUUUGGUUUUCCGACUUGUAAACUGAAACGUCGUCAACUCGGGUGUAGCGUCAUUCCCAGCUCAGACAUUGGAAUUUCGAGGUAACUGGAACGCAGCAUGAUGGCUCUUUAAAACGAGCUGGAUCUUGAGGAGCCAUUUCCUUCAAUGAGCCAUUCAAAAGAUUUGCUCAUUUGUUAUAUUUAUUUAUUUAUUCAUUUUUCAGAAGUCAACCAGGGGUACACAUGAGUGGGAGUUAUUCAGAAAUACUGAUUACAAUUUCAGAUAACUGUUUAAAAUAAAGACAUGGUAAAAAUGUGAAUGCAAAUUUUGACUACCCUACCUGGUGUUCGAGGCACACAAGUGACAUGUGAAGGCAGCGUUUGCAAUUUGCAUUUCGGAACGGCUCGCCAUUGUGAGCUCCCACCCGAGAUGAAAUGUCUGUGUUUUUGUAGAUACAGUAAAAUCUAUUUUUUUAUUUGGUCACUUGUCUGUUAAUUUGAAGAGUCUGUGAUUGUUUCUAAUGUUCAGAGUGUUUGUUACAGUGGAUUUAACAUCAAUCCCUCUGCAUAAACAUAACUCACACAGUGUGCUCUCUCUGUGUUUGUAGAGGAAAAGUAGAAAGAGGGAAGUUGAACAUUAGCUUGAGCCUGGUCUGUUUGAGUAGAAAGACUGAAAUCCACCACUGAUGGGGCUGUCUGCAGGUGUACCUGACACUUAGAGGGAAUGAGAGCAGAAGCACUGAUUGAUUUAUGUUAGACCCAAAACACACCAAUAAAUAAUUGAGGGACUUGAUACAACCUCUUUGCUCUCUGCACGUCACUUCGCUCCCAAAUUGUGCGUCGCUUGUACUGAAAAGUAUGAUUGGACACACCUGAAAUCACUCACCACCACAGGCUUUUGACUCUGCAUUAUAGGAAGUUUUAAUAGAAUUAGAAAAAUUACUUCUAAAAAUUGUCAAUCUUACUCUUGAUGGUCUCGUCUGCGUUUGUAGAGGCAUCACCAAGAGGUUUUUCACCAUUUAUAAACUCCUCACAGAAGUUUUAAAGUGACCUGGUUUAUAGGACUGAUUUGACCCCUGACUGUCGUGUAUCAUCACACCUGCUUAUUUGUUUUGUUUUGAUUUUUUAACUUUUUUUUCACAAUGGUUGAAUCUUUUGUUUUUAGAAUAACUGUGAAAUGUUAAUAAUGUCUGUCUUCAGUAGGGAAUUACCACCAGACUGUUCAGUUUGCUUACAAAUCCUGGAUAAUAAAAGAUAUCCAAAAGAAUGAAAGCUGUUAUUUAAUUUUGUCCACUAGAGGGCAGCAGAACAAGCUGCAAACCAGACAUAGUGACACUUGACUUGUUUGUGUUUUAACAGCUUUAAAAGUUAAUCUUGCUCCCUCCCCCGAGUCCCUUGAGGUUCGUUGUGAGUUAACAAAACGAAACUUUAAAAGACUUCUUGAACCUUUCAGUUUUGUUUUACAUGAAACCAUCAGGAGACAGCAGCUGAUUAAAAACAGGUGUGUCAACAUAGAAGAAAAUCACAGGCUGAGCGAGCCAAAGAUUAGACUUAUGCCAAAGAAAUUUAUAUAAUCUGUUGGAGGCCAUCCUGAGAGCGUCUACAUCUGUAGCCAGUUUGAAUUUACAUCAGGAGAGUUACCCACUUUUAUUUUUAGUCUGUCCCCUGAGAUGCACAAAACUGGCCUUUGAAUUUUGAACAUUGAAAGGAAAGUUUUACCUUCAGUACUUUCAAGAUGUACAAUUUUAAGGAAUUAACACCCUGGGCGUAGUCUCCACCGGGCAUGUACAAAUUGAUAGAAUCAUCCUCAUGCAUCACAAGAGCUUCUUGUCCUCAAAGGCCGCCAUCACUUCACAGAUAGGAGGGGUAAGCAAGGUCUAGAAUCGGACUGAUUACUGAAUAUAACCACUUCUACUAUUAAACACAGAUAUUUUAAAAAAAGGAAUGCAAAAGCAGUCUUGUGCAGUGUCACAUUGUAGUAUAUCACAUUUUACUCCUCCACCUGUAACACACACACACACCUCUUAAAAACAUCAAACACAAAAUAGCAUUUCAUCUGAAGUCUUUUUGCAAAAAAAGUCUUCUGAUUAAAUUUUAGAUAAAGCAAAACCGCACAGACUGUGAACUUUCUCUGCCUGACAAUGAAUUACAAAUGAUCGUACAGAAAAAAAAACAGCCUUAAAAAAUGUAACUAAGUCUCAAAACAUCCCAACACACACAUAUAUCUGCUCAUAAUCAGCUACACUCUUAUCUCUGCAGCUCAAGGUGAAGACAGACUGCCUGGUCUGCAGAGCAAACACUAAAUCUGUCUUGAGGGGAACAGAGAAAGAUCCAGCGUGAGCUGUAAGUACUUUUUGAUUCACUUUAUUUAACUUUUUAGCUGCUCAGUCACAGUUUCUUAUUGUACUUUUACCUCAGUGGAAAAAUUGUGAAUAUGAAUCUCCACCCAUGACACACAACAAACGACACAGAUACCGGGUGACAGAGUUAACAUCACACUGUGAAAGAGAAAUAAUGCAGAGAGAGGAAAACAGAUGAGUCAUGAAGUGUGGCAUUUUACUUUUUGAGAACAUUGUGUUGCAUUGGAUUUUGGCUGAAACAAAGAGAUUUAUGUGUCAUCACUUUAUCAGUAGAGCUCAUGGAAAAUAUCAAGUCAACCAUUUUGAUUUUAAUUAACUCGUCUCAGAAGUGAAAUCAUCCAGAGAUUUAAUGCUCAUUUGACAUUUAACGUUCAUGAUGAGUCACAACUUAUUAAACAGCCAUGGUUGAUUCUGUGGGACAACCAAGUCAAAAAUAUGUUAUGUAAGCCAAGGGUGUGUCGUUAAUAGAUCUUUAAACAUACUCUUCAAAACAGAAACUUUUCAAAUGAGAUUCAACACAUCAUUGACUUAUUUGUGAGCAACGUUUUGAAGAAUUUCAUUUGCUUAGAUUUGCAUUACUUAAACUGGGCCCCACAUUUCAUUUUUAUAUAUCUCAGAGUCCAAAUGUCAAAAUGAUAUAUGAAAAGUUCUAUUGCUUCAGAUGAGGAACAUGCUGUUACAGCUACAAUGAAAUGUAAUUUUCCCUGGUCAAUUCAGACCAGUAAAAGUGUUUUUUAUCUCACUGACAGGCUCAGAUUUUAAUUUGAGUGUCUGACAACUUUACAAAAAGGAUUUCUGGGAGAAAAAGUUUUUUUGUUUGUUUUUUUAAAGGAGAAAUACCAGUUUUAUCGCUCUGUUGAAUCCCAGGCUGUGGACAUCAAGAUCAGGAUCAACAUCAAGAUUGACUUAAUUGUCCUUUGCAGGAAAUUUGUUUUAGACAGUAGAGCUACACUUAGAGUAUCACAUAUGCACAAAACAAAACAGAUGUAACAGCACAAGAACUUUAAUUUCACCCCA